AUGGUCGGCCUAUUCCAAUUGAGUGCCGAGGCAGUUCUCAUAUUAACCAGUGGAGGCCAAACUAUAUACGGCUUCGUAUUUUACAGGCGAGCAAGACGAAUUGACGCGGAAGUCAAGGCUAUAGAUCAAGCUCCGCCAAAGGCUAUGAGUGUAGGUGCAGGGGAAGACGGGGUGGUAGCGGAAGGUCCACGGUCCGAGUUGAGUAGUUAUGGCUGGUCGCUGAGUGAUCGGCGCUCCUUGACACUACCCUACUCGGCAUCGAUACAAUACUCAACAUCGGUGCACUACUCAUCCUCGCUGGGCUCUAGUUUUGAGCAGCCUCCUCCACGGUAUGAUGAGGGCGACAUGGCCAUAAGACUGGAGAUGAUACGAUAG